CUUAACGACCUCAGGCCUGUGGCCCUAACCUCUCUGGUAAUGAAGGCCAUGGAAAGAGUCAUAAAGGACUAUAUCACCAAGGUAACAGAUCCAAUGAUGGAUUCACUCCAAUUUGCAUAUUGGGUGGGCAGGGGGGUCGACGUUGCUAACAUUUUCAUCCUAGACAAUAUCCACAAACAUCUGGAAACCCCCAACUCCACAGCCAGACUUCUGUUUGCUGACUUUUCGUCGGCAUUUAACACCAUGCAGCCACAUAUCCUGGCAGAGAAGCUCAUCACCCGCUUUCAUUUGGAUCAUCAGCUUACCUUGUGGAUUAUAGACUUUCUGACCAACAGGACACAGAGGGUACUGGUUAACGACACCUUUUCAGAUGUCCGGAUCACAUCAACAGGUUCGCCAAAAGGGUGUGUCCUUUCUUCCCUCCUCUACAUUCUCUACACAGACGACUGCAGGUGUACUAAGCCAAACUGUCACAUGUUAAAAUUUGCUGAUGACACAGUCGUCCUGUCUCUGCUUUCAGGCUCCCUCCAUGACCACAGCUCAGCUUUGCAAGAGUUUGUGAAGUGGUGUGAAAUGUCCUGUCUAGAGCUGAAUGUGGAUAAAACCAAGGAGAUGAUAGUGACCUUCUCCCCCAAGCAGAGGCAGUUGGCUGAGGCAGUCACUACCACCAUCCAGGGAAAGCUAGUAGAGGAUGUAGAGGAGUAUAAAUACCUCGGGACUGUUUUUGACAACCAGCUGAAGUUUUCGUCCAACACAUGAGCGGCAGUACCUGCUCAGGAAACUAAGAUCAUUUGAUGUAAGCAAGGACAUCCUAACCACAUUCUACUACUCAUUUAUUGAAAGUGUGAUAACCUUUUCCUUCACUUGUUGGUUUUAUUCCAUUAGUCUUCAAAACAGGAACUGCUUACAUCAAACUGUUAAAGUCUGUUCCAGAAUUAUUGGACACCCCCUGAGAGCUCUGUCCACCCUAUGCGAACAGCAGACCUUGAAGACUGCC